ACGGGGAUUUUCUAUACUCGCGACACCACGCGCCUGCCUUAAUCGCAAAUAUAAUAUGGCAGGCAGAGGUACACACGAUAAUAAUAGAUAUGGAGAGCGGCCCCGUAAACCGCUACCGACGGAACCACCGUUCCUUGCGUACGUUGGUAACCUUCCGAAUGGAAUCGUGCAGGGCGAUAUUAACUCUAUUUUCAAAGGAUUUGCGGUAAAGAGCGUGCGUCUCGUGAAGGACAAGGAAACGGACGCAUUCAAAGGCUUCUGCUAUGUUGAGUUUGAUACCCUCGAAGACUUGGAAAAGGUGCUCAUGCUUGACCGUAUGAUUGUGCUGAACGAACGACCGGAACCGCUGCGAAUUGAUGUGGCCGAGCAGAAGAAAAAUGAUCGCGGAGGUUUUAACAGGCGAGGUGGUCAACAGAACCGCGGUGGACCCGGUGGUCCCGGCAGUGGUGGUGGUGGUGGUGGCGGCGGCGGUAGCUACAACCGUGGCGGGCCUAAUCAGAUGAAUAAUCGGCCGAUCAGCAGUGGUGGUGGUGGCGGUGGCGGCAGCGGAAGUGGUGGUGGUGGUGGUGGUAGCGGCAGUGGUGGUAUGGAUAGACAUUAUAGUAACGAUUACUCCCGAAACGAUUACGAUAGAAACCGCGGUGGACGUCCGAAUAACUACAAUGACCGCGCACCAAAUCGAGGGAGGUACGGAAACUUUGGCGAUGAUCGUGACGGUGGUGGCCGGGAUGAAUGGAAUCGUGAUCACGAUCGGGAUGGACGCGGUGGUGGUGGUGGUGGUGGUGGCGGCGGAGGCGGCGGUCGCUACAACGAUCGCGACAACUACGGUCGCAAUGAUGGCGAUAGGUACGGCAAUUUCGGUCGUAAUAAUCAAUACCGCGACAAUGAUCGAAGAAAAGACGCUCCACCAUCGCAUUACCCGCCACCCUCCAACCCCAAUCUCAACAUGGAGGAGCGGCCCCGGUUGAAGCUGGCACCGCGCUCCACGAAUGCACCGCUGAAUGCGCUGGCAGAAACGAAGCAAGCGGCCGCCAUCUUCGGUAAUGCGCGGCCACGCGAAGAGAAGCUCAGUACGGAUACUGCGCGAAAGCACGCCAACAGUGUUGGCAGCGAGGGUAGCAGUGCGGACGGUGCCGGUGGCAGUGCAUCCUCCGCUACGGUGGCAGAUAAUUAAGAAACAAAGCAAACAACAAUUAUCGAGAACACACAGAACUAAUACAUACACACACACACACACAUACAUACAUGCGCACUAUCAAGAUAUGAGAUAUGCUGAUUAGGUUGAUAUAAAGUUAUGAUGUACGAUGGCGGCUCCUAUUGUGUAUAUGUUCACUUGCUCUUCGCCCUCGGUAAAUGCAAGCAAGGAAUGUCAAAGUUUUUUUUCCCGUGUGCGAUUUUCUUCUAUUUCGCACGCUCUAUACACAGCACCUACUCCCGGAUUCUAGUAUACAGUACAGAAAGACAUCGGACCAGGACAGCCACACCGGUGCGGAGUAGAAUAACCGUUUGAAGAGGCACCAACUAGGAAGGAGAAACAUCCCCUUCCCACUUAAUCGGUAUACUACAACUACCCUUAGGGGAAGUUAAGGGAAGGCACGGACCUUGCUAUUUGUGGCCUGCGUGUAUGUGUGCGUGUGUGUGUGUGCGUUUGUCGUAUUUUAGUCUUUUUUUUUCCUUCUUGUUUCUAAGUAUAGAAAAAUUGACGCUAACCACCACCACACACUGUUUUUUGGAAUGCGUUAUCAAUUUUCGUUUGUUUACUUCUUCUGUAUUGUAAAGUUCCGGCUUUGUGUACACUUCCUGAUUGUUGUGUAUGUAUAAAAUGUAUCCUUAUUACUACUACUACUACUACUACUACUUCUGCUAUUACCCACUUCCUACAGUAUGUAAUGUGUUGCGUUUUUUUUAAUUGCUUGAACACUCACUCACGUAAAAUGUAGUUUCGUUGUCUUACUAUAAUUAUUGCAGGGAAUGCUAAACAGUUUUGUCUAGGAUAAAUAAAUAGGUUCUCUCGGGCUUACACGAUUCAACUAAUCAGGAUAUGGUCACGCCUGCCAUAUAAUGGCUUACAAGACUUAUUUUCACACGCGAAACAUGGGAAACUCAUUGUGGUACGCUGGGUCGGAUCCAGAUGUGAUCCAGAAGCACGAUCCUAAAAGUGUGUCUACUGUAUCGCCAUGUCUGCUGUACAGCGAUCUAAACGAUCGCCAAAGCGCGAUACCCUGGGACUGAUCGCCAUGGGUGGAUUUGUCCAAUUUUCAUUUUUAAACGACUGAUAGUGCGAGUUUAAUCAUCGCCUCGAUCAUUACGUGAUUUCCAUUUCUAUCUCAAUUACUCGGGGAAAGUUUUUACUUCUGUUAUGGAUGCAUAAACCUGGAUGGAAAUGAAAUAGAUACACAGGGAGGGAAAGGGUGAAAUGGGGCAAUACUCAUAUGAAAAAAAAGAAAAAUAGAUUCUUUCGGGGGUCAUAUGCAGCAUGGGACGCGACAUGGAGGGACAAAAUUUACAGCAGCUGCGUUGAUUUUCUGGACAUCUUUACACUUCGCACACUUUACAUCGUUUGUACGAUAAGAUAGUGAAAAGGAUGCAGAAACGUUUAAUUAGUAACGGAAUGUCUCAAUACUUUGAAAAAAGAAAAUGUAGUUUUAAUUGGUCUUUAUACUAUGUUUUUACUACAAAUUGUAAAGUGAAUUCUCUUUGUAUUUCAUUGUACAGUUCGAAAAGUUUUAUUUUGUAUUGAUGUACGCCAGGAAAUGUGCCCGGCAUAAGUUUUCUAGAUAAGUCAUGGUAGUAUACAAAUCUGAAAAGUGUUAAAAAGCGCGCCAAGUGUAAAAAUGUUGGGAAAAUCAAUUGUCCGAAAUCUACUGUGUAUGUGUAAGCGACUGAAAUCGUAUGGAUGCGGAUGCUGAUUAAUAUAGACCAUGCUUUUCCAAUUCACUUCCAUCAAAGUCCUGCCCUGGGGAGUUUGAUGUUCAUAUGAUAAAAGCCACAGGCGAAACGAAGGAAGUAUUACAACACACAACAGAUAAGAAUGUUACUUGUUUAGAGAUGGAAGCAGCAGUGAACAAUACACAUGCAAAGUGGAUGAAAAAAGUGAAAGCAAAAAACAGCAAAAGGAGCAUUCGAGCUAAAUCAUCUCGCGUCUGGUCAGAGAAAUCAUAACUACCCCUACACCAACAAAACGCAUCAAUAAUUGUCAAGCAAAAGUAAAAAGAAAAAAGAAAAAGAAAACCGUGUAAGGAAGGGAUGCUAACAUUGAGGAGACACGGACAUAAAAUAGUUAAAGAAAAAUAAUUUAUAGCCAUUUGAUUUGUAAGCUUUUUUCUACGAUUUAAUAACUAGCAUCCAAAAUGAGGACACUGGAUACAAAUUACAAAUAAUACUGAUAAUAACAAUACACAAUACAAUUUAUGAUACGCUAAAUGAUGGUAACGGACUUAAAAAAAACACACACACACAAUAUACAGCGCCCGUCACGUGUGCGUCCCAACCGAGGCCCACUGGACAGGUAUUUCACGUGCAAGUAGCUCCACAUCCUGAGCGAAUGGGAAAGAUGAAUGAAAACAAAACAAAAUAUAUUAAAAGAAAAAAAAACAAAACAAAACAAACACACAAUUGUGUAAUGUAAUGAUUUUGCAAAUAAUUAUUGUACGUACGGAGGAGAACAUACGCAAGAAGCUUAAGGAUACACCAACACUGUAAACUUUAGAGAACCAACAAGUACGAUACAAAUGGAGUUUAUACAACCGUGUAUCAUGCAAAUGGGAAGGACACACUUUUUGCUGUAUGUAUUUUGUUUCUUUUUUUAUACUUCUGUUCGUAAUUGGGCACGUAAAAGGCGAAACAAAACAAAAACUCCCUCACACGUACACACACACACCCACACACAAACAAAUGGAGCUUAGAGAAGAUGGAGCUUUAGCGUGUGUUUUACGUUACACCAAACACGUGCUAACACACGUGGUUUGGUUUUGAAUCUGUUUUGCUUUGAAA